AUGUCAAUACUCCGUCGGAUAUUUCGUCAGGGAGAAGAGGAAAGCGACCAAAAACAAAUUCUGACGUCUCGCAGUAUCCGGUCAAAUUCUAGUAGAGAAAGCUUACCUCCUUUGUCACGUUUGACUUUAGUAGGAUAUCGGAAAUCUACCAGACAUAGAAUCACUGAUACUGAUUUGGCAGGGGAAAUUCGUAAUUUGCUCCCUCCCAGAUUGCAAUUGUACGAUGAAUGGUCUUUAGUAUAUUCUUUGGAACAACAUGGAGUUUCAUUGAACACGCUUUAUCAUAAUUGUGAUCCAAAAUAUGACCCCUUCAAGGGCACUAGGACAACAGAAAAAGGGUUUGCGGAGUCUAUAGUUACACGAGCAGUUGGCUCACAGAUAUUACACGAGAAAAAACGACCUCAAGGAUAUGUCAUGGUAGUUCAGGAUGAACAUCGUUCCAUAUUUGGAUGCUUCUUAAGUGAACCACUAAAGCAAGUGGAUCACAAGCGCUACUAUGGUAAUGGAGAGUGCUUUCUUUGGAAAUGUGAGAAUGUUGAGCACAUGACACACUCAUUGGAAAAGUCAAUUGAAAUAAGCGAAAAGGAAAUGGCCAAGAAUUCCACACAUCCAAGACCAGAAGAAGAUUCGAGAGACGUUGAACUGCCUACUAAUAUUACUACUGCUAGUGAUAUUACUACUAUUGAAGAUGAUAUCCAUAAACAUCCUCAGAACCAACACAUACCUGUAGAAGAUUGUGACCAUUCAUACUGUCGUAGGUUUAAAGCCUUCAUGUACACAGGCAUCAACGAUAAUAUCAUUUAUUCCAAUUCCGAAUACAUUGCGAUCGGAUCCUCCAAUGGACAAAAUGGACUUUGGAUUGACAAGCUGCUUUACAAUGGGGUGAGUUAUCCUUGUGAAACUUUCGGAAACGAAAUACUAAACGAAUCGGGAACCAGUGAGAGAAAGUGGGGCAAAUUUAAAAUAAUGGCAUUAGAAAUCUGGCGAAUAGGUUAA